AUGUCAGCAGCACUAGUGAACAGAUCAUUAACUACAGUGAGAACGGAGUUGGAGUUUUUGCGUGAUUCGGAUAUCAUCACUGAUGCACUUUACAACAAGCUAGUCGAGGCUUUACCUCAGAAGUACAAAAAGGAUGAGAAGCCAUGGGACGUGGAUGUUUUAGAAAGUGGCACUGUUUCAAAAAAGGCAGAGUUUAUUCCACCAGCUGGCGCACCAGCAUCAUCAUAUGAAGAGAAAUCAAAUAAAUUGACACAAGAGUUUGCCAACACUCAUAUUUCACCACCCGACCACCCACCGGCACCACCUCGUUCUGGUCCUAAGCCAGUUGGAUAUUGCGUUGCGCUGUUUGAUUAUGCUGCACAAGAGCCAGAUGAUUUGAGUCUAACCAAGGGUGAUAAGUUGGCAGUGGUUGAACACUUGUCUGAAGAUUGGUGGAAAGGUUACAAAGCAGGAUCCACUCCGGAAAAGGCUGGUGUAUUCCCUUCCAAUUACGUUACAGUUAUUUCAGAAGCAGAAUUUAACACUGCUGAAAACAGAUUGGCUCCACCACGUCCUUCACCAUCGCAACAAAACUCCUUCUCAUCGUACGGCCCUCCAUCUUAUAAUCAACCUCCAUUACUGAAUCAGCCAUCUUAUGGAGGUUAUGCUCAGUACCCUCCACCAUCUACAAAUUACUACCCUCCACAACAAUAUCAGCAAUCACCACCACAACAAAUUGUGGUUGCUCCCGAACAACAACAACAACAUUCAAAUGGCCAUGAUCGUGUAAAGAAAUAUGGAAGUCGUUUUGGUGAAGCUGCAUUAUUUGGUGCAGGUGCAUCAGUUGGUGCCAACAUUGUCAACUCUAUCUUAUAG